GUUUACGCUACACGUAGCUGAAGAGGUACCAGGGAUUAACCUGGUUCCAAGCCACAACGAUGGUGAACACUUUCAACACCUCACGACAUACCAGUUCGCCGACUCUCCAGACGCGAAGACCUGGGCAUCGGGGUCUAUCACCGAACAUUCGGCCCUGGUCAUUCACUAGCCAAGGCCCCCCUCAACAAUUUGACACCAAUCUUCAACAGCCGCAGCAGCCACGCACCAACACCAGUCUGCUUCCAACCAGCAAACGUCGCUCACGCACCCUUGUGACUCCCAACGCGCUUCCCACUCCGGGCGACAGCAGUACAAGUGACGACAGCAGCAGCAGCAGCAGCCUUCGAAGGCGGCCAAGCAAGCGCGAUCCAGACAGCACCAGCCCAGCAGAUGCUGCUCCCCUUGGCUUUUGGUCAUCCCCUCCUUCAUCGUUCCCACCAUCCAAAACCUCAGCACCCACACCCUCACCCGCAACAGCAAGCACACCGAGAGGUGCUGCUGCUGCUAGCGAUGAUGAUGAUAAUUAUGAUGGUAGCGGCGACGUACAUGUAGAUUACAGUUUCCUGGACGGCGAUGCUGCUGACGGCGCGGAUGGUGGGUCCAACAACGGCAGCGGUGGCGGUGGCGUGCGGAGUUCCUCGCUUGCCGCCCUCGCUGCCAACCUGCCGUACAUCUCCGACACCAACGCACUGCAGACCGCCCUGUCUGCCGCCAUCGCCUCCGAGGACUUCCCGCUUGCUGCGGCAGUGAGGGACCGACUGCAGCUGGUGCUGGCGGCUGCGGCUGCGGCUGCCACCACCACUACCUCCCCCUCGGGUGGCCGUAUCGACUGGGCUGCCACCGGCCUGCCCGACUGGCUGGCGGACCGGGCAGCGAGGCUGGGGUUCGCAUUCCCCACGGAGGUGCAGCGUCGCUCUGCUCCCGUGCUGCUGGCGGGUGCUGACGCGGUGGUGGGGUCGGAGACGGGCAGCGGCAAGACGCUGGCGUUCCUGCUGCCGCUGCUGGCGAGGCUGAGCUACCCGCCCGACAUAUUCCUGGACGACAUGAAGGGCCCCCAGGCGCUGCUGCUGGUCCCCUCCCUGGAGCUCGGGGUGCAGGCGGCGCUGCUGGCCUUCCGGCUGCUGGGUGGCAACAUCAGCAGCGGCAGGCCGGGGGACCGGGCCAACAUGUUCACGUACAGGGGGCCGCGGGGGGUCAAGGUUCGCGGCGUGCUGAACAAGGAGGAGGUGGUGAUGGCCAAGUCCUCCCUCACGUACCUCAGCCAGGUGCACCUGGUUGUGGGGACCCCCGCUGCGGUGAUGGAGGCGGUGCGGGGGCCGCAGCCGGUGCAGCUGCUGAAGCACCUCAAGGUUCUGGCGGUUGACGAGGUGGACGAGUGCUUCCGCUGCUGGCCCGAGGACAUGCAGCAGCUGAUGGAGGCGGCUGCGGGGCGGGGCGCGGAGCAGGAGGGGGGAAACUCCUUUGGCAGGAAGCCGCAGGUGGUGCUGGUGGGCGCCACCCAGCAGCCGGAGGUGCUGCAGACCGCCCUGGAGCGGGGCUGGAUGCGGGAGCCAGUGAAUAUCCAAGUGGGCCGCCAGGGCUCCGUUCCCAGCCUGCUGGAACACCGCUACGUGGUGGUCCCCCCCGCCCGCCGCCUGGCCGCUCUCACCGCCCGCCUGCGUGCCGACCUGGCAGCCGCCGACCCCGACGCGCCGCCCGCCCGCGUCAUCGUGUUCGCCAACCAGCCGGCCGAGGUGGCGGCGAUGGCGCAGCCGCUGAGGAGCAGUCUGUGGGGCGAGCACAGCAUGGCGAUGCUGGUGCCGCCGGGUACCGUGCUGGGUCCUAAUGCGGACGACGGCGAGGAGGAGGAGAAUGAUGCCACGUCCUCCUCCUCGCAACCCGACUUUAGCAGCAGCAGGUGGAGCAGCAGCAGCAGCAGCAGAGGAGCAGCAGGAGGAGGGGCUGCAGGAGGGGAGGAGUCAUGGGCGGUUGCAGCGGGCCCAAGCGGCAGCAGCAGCGGCAGUGCGGGUGAUGCCUCCAGCAGCGCAGUGGAGGAGAUGUUCGCCUACAACCCCAUCCGCGCCCUCCACGCCUUCCGCGACCACAAGGUCUCCCUGCUGCUGGCCUCCGGGGCGGCCGCCCGCGGACUGGACCUGCCGGCCGUGGCGGCGGUGGUGAACCUGGGGGCGCCGCCGGACGCCACCGCCUACCUGCACCGCGCGGGCAGGGCGGGCAGGAUCGGCUCGCUGGCAGGUGGCGUGGUGACCAGCAUCAUAGCCCCCGAGGAGGAGGAGCUGCUGCUGGACCUGGGUGCGCAGCUGGGCAUUGAGCUGGUGCGGGAGGAGGAGACGGCGGGGCUGCUGGGGCAGCUGCCGCGACUGCAGGCGCCGGAG